AUGAUGAAAAGAUUCAAUAGAACCAUUCAUUCUCAUCACCGACAAGCAAUCAAUUGUUCCCCAGAAGAGUAUAAAAUCAAUCAGAAGUUCUUCAUUCUUCUCAGUGCUGCUGCCUUCUUUGUCUCUACCAUACUUAGUGCACCUUUAGAGGGUCAAUGCGGGCCCAACGAAGUCUUCCUGCAUUGCGGGAGUGCCUGUGAACCGAGUUGCGAGGUCCCAGUGAUCGAAAUCUGUACUUUGCAGUGCAUUCUCGAUAUCUGUCAAUGUGCGAACGGAUUCGUGAGAGGACCAUUUGGAUGUGUCCGUUUCGAAGAGUGCCCUCCAAUUGUUUAUGGAAAAUAA